UAAAACUACUUUGUCAUCAGUAUUAGUGCAGCCCUCUGUAUCUAGUGCUAAAUGGUUUUGUAUUUUCAGCAAAUUCCCUUCAGCGAUUGACUGUGUCUCUGGCAGCUCUAUUGUCCUUCGGUGCUGUGAUCCCCUGGUGCCUGAACGCAACAGAAACACAUCUGUCUAUGGUAGUGAAACAGCUUGUCUGUCCUGGUAUAACUGAGCCUCAAAGUAUUUUGUAGGUGAAAAAUACAAAAAGGUACAGAAUGUACAGCUUUAUGGGAGGUGGAUUGUUCUGUGCUGGAGUUGGAAAUAUACUGCUUGUGGUCUCCACAGCCACAGAUUACUGGAUGCAGUAUCGCCAGGCCAGCGGUUACAUGCACCAAGGCCUGUGGCGCUACUGCAUGCCAGGAAAAUGCAUGAUACACUCUGACAGUAUUGCUUACUGGGAUGCCACACGUGCAUUCAUGAUCCUGGCCAUUAUGGCAUGCUUCUUUGGCCUGCUGAUAGGCAUCAUGGCUUUCAUUAACUACAGCUCUUUCGGUGGAUUCGACAAAACAUUUGCUGCUGGAAUUCUCUAUUUCAUGUCAUGCUUUUUUGUGCUUUUGGCAAUGGCUAUAUACACUGGGGUGACCGUGAACUACUAUGGGAAGCGUUAUGGAAACUGGAGAUUCUCCUGGUCAUAUAUAAUGGGCUGGGUGUCAGUGGUGCUUACAUUCUUUUCAGGUAUAGCAUAUUUUAGACAUAUACUACAUACAUUUUUUGACGGAAACACUUCUUGGUCAAUAAAAUGGUUACCAGAGACUCAUUAUGUCCCAUUUAUUGCAGGUAUAUUCUACAUGUGUGCUUAUCGGAUGCACGGUCCAAUAGGCCCGAUGUCCCGCUGAGGCAUCUCAUCCUAGACAUUCAGUCUACAUGUGAUUCACCAUCCCGACUCUUGAUGCCAAGAUUUUAAUUCAUAUAGUUACCUCAUGAUUAAUAGAUAAAUAAUUGUGAAAAGAGAUUUUGAUUCACAAUAAAGCAAUCCUAGAGAAUAUAGUGUUGUGGCCUAGUUCUAUUACUGCAUCAGUCUAUUUAU